AUGGCGCAAUCGCAGGCUCGACCCGCCAUAGCCGCGUUCGUCGUCGUCAUCCUCCUUUCCGGGGCGCCGGGAGCGCGGUCGCAGCAGCCGUACGGCUUUGCCGUCGCGGACUGCGGCAACAGCCACAACGACACCGGCCUCCUGGGGUACUUCUGCAGCCGGGGCGGGAGCGGGGGCGGCGCGCCGUCGUGCCAGACCUACCUCACCUUCCACGCCACGCCCGCCUACUCAGACCUCGCCGCCAUCGCGGCGCUCCUCGGCGCCGACGCCGCCAGCGUCGCCGCCGCGAACUCCGCAGCCUCGGUCACCGCGGCGCUCGCGCCAGGCGCCAAGGUGCUCGUCCCGGUGACCUGCUCCUGCACGGCCGCGGCGUCGUCCCGGUCACACUACCAGAGGAACGCGACGUACGUGGCGGUCGCCGGCGACACGCUGUUCGUCAUCGCGAACAACACGUUCCAGGGCCUGUCCACGUGCCAGGCGGUGCAGGAGCAGGGCCUCGGCGGCAAGCCGGCGACGACGCUCCUGGCCGGGCAGGCCGUCACCGUGCCUCUCCGGUGCGCGUGUCCGAGCGCCGCCCAGGCCGCCGCCGGCGUGAGGUACCUGGUGACCUACCUCGUCGACGAGUUCGACGAGCUGGCCACCAUCGCGGCGAGGUUCGGCGUCGACGCCGGGAGCAUCUCCGCGGCCAACGAGAUGACGGGUGACACCAUAUACCCUUUCACCACUCUGCUCAUCCCCGUCAAGUCCCAGCCCGACGUGUCGCAGCUCCUGUCGCCGCCGCCGCCGCCGCCUCCGCCUCCGGUGGCGCCUGCUCCGACUAAGAAGCGCAGGAACCACACUGGACUUUACGCUGGCAUUGGCGUGGCGGUGGCUGUUCUCGCCGUGGUUGCCGCCAUUGCGGCUUCUCUUGCUCUGAGGGCGAGGAGGCGGCGAGCCAGAGCCGCUGCCGCCGCGGCCAAGAAGGGCAGUAAAGGUAAGGGCAGGGCAUCGCCGGUGUUCACCGACGGCGAGGUCUCCGUGUCGAUCAGCGAGGCGUUCUCCUGCCUAUCCGACAUCAAGUCCUCCCUGAAGGUGUUCACCUACCCCGAGCUUACGGCGGCGACCGACGGCUUCAGCCCGGACCGCCGCGUCGGCGGGUCGGUGUACCGUGCGGUGUUCAACGGUGACGCCGCCGCCGUCGAGGUCGUCGACCGGGACGUGUCGGCCGAGGUGGACAUCAUGAGGAAGAUCAACCACCUAAACCUGGUCAGGCUCAUCGGCCUCUGCCACCACGGUGGCCGGUGGUACCUCGUCUCCGAGUACGCCGAGCAUGGCACGCUCCGGGACCGCCUCCUCGCCGGCGGCGCAGGCACGGAGCCGCCGCUGAGCUGGGCGCAGCGCGUGCAGGUCUCCCUCGACGUCGCCGAGGGGCUCCGUUACCUGCACGGGUACACGCGGCCGCCGUACGUGCACAUGGACGUCAGCAGCGACAGCAUCCUCCUCGCCGCCGGCCUCCGCGCCAAGAUCCGGAACUUCGGCGGCGCCAGGGUCAUCCGGGGCAGCACGGACGCCGGAGAGCGCGGCGGCGAGGCGUUCACGAUGACGAGCAACAUCGCGGGCACCCGCGGGUACAUGGCGCCGGAGUACCUGGAGCACGGCAUCGUCUCGCCCAAGGCCGACGUGUACUCCCUCGGCGUCGUGCUCCUGGAGCUCGUCACCGGGAAGGAUGUCGAGGAGCUGGAGGCCGGCGGCGCCGGCGACCCGUUUGCGGGCCUGAACGCGAUCGCCGGAGACCUCGACGACGGGGCGCCGAGGAGGAUGGAGGGGUUCUUGGACCCGGCAAUGGCGGCGGCGGGGAGUUGCCCGCGCGAGGCCGUGGCGAUGAUGGUGAGGCUGAUCGAGAGGUGCAUCCGGCGCGACGCCGGCGGCCGCCCGAGCAUGGGGGAGGUGGCGCAGCAGCUCCUGAUGCUGCAUGGCAUCUCCGGGGAUGGCUGGCACAGCUCGCUGGAGCACUGCCGGAGCUCCGGCGGCAACAGCGGCGAACAGCCGUAGUCCAUUCAUAGCGGUGGCGAAGGCGAGGCGAUAAACUCAAGAAAUCCUCAAGUGACCAAAUAUACUUAGGAUUUUUGUUUUUUUUUUCUGUUUCAUGAUAUUAGAGAUAUAUAGGAUUUAAUUACUGCUAUUCAGAUUGUCAAGAUGAAUUAGUCGUUUUUUAUUUUCAUUCUGGAAUAUAAAAAAUCAGUAAAUGUA